AUGGGAAUGAAAAAAGCUGAGUCGGCUUCAUGGAGAACACUGGUCUCAUUUUGGCUUUUUGGUCUUUGCAAUAAUUUGCCUCAUAUUUUGAUGCUUUCGGCGGCAGAGGAUAUCAAUGCAAAAGGGAAUUCAGCACAUCACAAAGAAAUCUAUGAAAAUGGGACUUGUCCGCUACGACACGGUGUUUCCCAUUGUGGAGCAGAGAAAUCAACGGGAAUCAUUCUCUUUGCUGAUGCUUUUCCAUCGAUUAUCGUCAAAAUUCUGGUCAUGUUCUUCGCACAAAAUGUUUCAUAUACUGUCCGUCAUUCCGUAAUUGUCACCAUUCAAGUUAUUGCAAUGGUAAUAGUGGCCUGCACAGAAAGUUAUCCAGUAGCUGUUUUUGCUGUUGGCCUGGCUCUAUGUGGCGUUGGAUUGGGUGAAUCGACUUUCAUUUCAUUUUCUUCUUACUUCUCAAGGUCCACAACAAUUGCUUGGUCUUCAGGAACGGGAGCUGCUGGAAUUGUUGGCUCUGCUCUUUACGCGGCUCUCACCGAGCCUCAGAUAGUGAAUCUCAGUCCAAAAAAUGCCCUCCUUGUCAUGCUUGUGUUCACUUUCACUCUUGGUCUCACAUAUUGGUUCCUUCUCGAUCAUCCACAAAAUCUCUAUCGAAUCUUCCAAGCCAAAUACAAUCGUGAUGCAGAAAUGACGAUGAAAAUUAUGAGAGAAAAACCGAAAGUUCGAGAAACAACUUUGAAAGAAAAAGUGAUACUUAUCAAGCCACUUCUCCGAUACUUGCUUCCAGUGAUGGUUGUCUAUAUUGCUGAGUACACGAUCAACCUUGGAUUGAUUCAACUAAUCGUUUUUGAUUGUGCUCAUGGUUUCAAUCUAUCGAAAACCAGUCAAUAUCGGUGGUUCCAGUCAAUCUACCGCGUGGGUGCUUUUGCUUCAAAAUCCUCUCUUUCUCUUUUGGAUUUCCCUGUUUGGGUGUUAUACAUUUUCCCCUUCCUCCAGAUUAUGAAUGCGGCUAUUUUCUUCUCAGAAACUCUUCUCCUUUUUAUGCCCCAUAUCAUGGUGGCUUUCGGUCUAAUUCUUGUUGCCGGACUUUAUGGAGGAUCAGCGAUGGUGAAAUGCGUAUCACAUGUACAUAAAAUUGUUGAACCAGAUAUUAAAGAGUUUUCUUUGGCUGUUGUUGCCACCACAAAUGGAAUGGGAGUGCUUUUUGCCUCGUUCACUGGAAUUUGGUUCCACGACAUCAUUUGCAAGACAAUCGGU